CUGUCACAAAAAUCCGUCAUUGUGUGUAAAAUAGCGAAACAUUAAAUUAACACUGUCAAUUUAAGUGUUAUUAAAAUUCAUUCUUAAUAAGUUAAGUUCUUGAAAGAAAGAAAAAAAACUAGUGAAAAUGGAACACUAUAUUGUAAUGGGUAUUUGCAUUUUUGUGUUGGUAAUCACUGUUUUCGCGCUAAAACUAUUUUGCCGGACAAAGAUGAAAAAUGUGUUAAACAAGCACGUUGUGGUAACUGGUGGUUCAAGUGGAAUAGGAAAAAGCGUCGCUUUGAUUGCUGCUAGAAGUGGAGCUCACGUGACCAUCAUAGCUCGAAACAUUCAAAAAUUGGAGUCUGCAAAAAACGAAAUUGUUGAAGCUUGCAAAAAUCCGGACAUACAGAGAGUCGAAUAUUUGUCCCUCGACAUCAGUAAAAACUACGACGAAGUAGAAAAAUCAUUGCUCGAUCUUGAAAAGACCAUGGGACCAAUUUACAUGCUGGCAAAUUGUGCUGGCACAGCAAUUCCUGGAAAAAUCGAAGACACUACAGUUGAAAAUUUGAAAUUCAUGUUUGAUGUGAAUUUUUUCGGUACAUUUUAUUGUACUAAAGCAAUUGUACCGCUAAUGAAAAGUAGAAAGGAAGGAAUUAUUGUUUUGACUGCCUCUCAAGCUGCCUGUUUGGGAAUCUUUGGUUACUCUGGUUACUCCAGUUCGAAAUUUGCCAUUCGUGGAUUAGCAGAAUGCCUUUCUAUGGAAUUGUUCCCUUACAAUGUGACUGUAACUGUAAGUUUACCACCUGAUACCAAUACCCCCGGAUUUAAAGAAGAAGAAAAGACAAAGCCUUUAGAAACGAAAUUAAUUUCACAAGCUGCUGAUUUGAUGGAACCAGAUGAUGUUGCAAAAGUAUUGUUUAAAGACGCUCUAGCUGGAAAAUUUUUCUCGAUAAUCGGCUUUGAGAGCUUUAUAGUGGCGACCGUCUGCGCUGGAAUGUCGCCUUUUUCAUCAUGGUGUGAAGUAUUAAUUCAAUCAAUAUUGAUGGGAUUGUUGAGGAUUGUGGGUGCUUUUUAUUUAAUUUCAUUUCAUAGAAUAAUCAUAAGAGUUAUGAAGAAUCGCGACAAAAACAAAAGAGCUGAAUAGAAAUUCAUUUUUUCUAUAAUAAUAAUAAUAAUAAUAAUAAUAAUAAUAAUAUUUUCAAGUGUGAUGACGCAAUGAAGUAUUUAAAAAUUAAAAAAAAAAUUUUAAUUAAAAUUCUUUUUAAAUCAAUAAAAAUAUUUUUAUACUUA